CUAAAAAAUUGGAAUCCUUAACCUAAAAAAUUGGAACCACAUCUGGAACACUUCCUGCUCUAGACAAAAAUAUAGCGCUCGAACGGAAGAAUAGCGCUCUGGACAAAACCCUUCUCAGACCUCUCGUUCCCUACUUUACGGACGAAGAAUAGCGCUCGAACGGAGAAAAGAAGAAGCGGUUCCCUAGUUCAGCUGUCACUCGGCCGCGCCGCUCGUCGUCACUUGGCGUGACACUCGAAAGAAGCUGCUCGCUGCUUCUCUAAGUCAUUACCAUCACUCCGGCUCCGCAAAAUAGCGUCAAGUUGUUGAGAAAAAGAGUGAGUGAGGCUCCAAAAAUAGAAGCCACCUGACAAUGCUACAUCGGAUGGGUAGCAAACCGGUUAGAGAGCUUAUUUUUGAAAUGGGUGGUGAAGAUAACAAUCCGCCAAGUAUGGAUGUUAUGUUCUAUGAAACUCGCAAGAAGAAAGAUCAACUUGUGGAACCGGAAACAAUUCAGAAAUAUGAGAAAAUACGUGAGCUGGUUCAGGCGGACCCAUCAUUAACGCAUAUUGAUGUAGUUGAGAAGUGUUUUGGACCUCAAAAACGUAGUCAUGUUGUUUGCUUUGGAGGUGGAGUGAGUCGCAAAGAUUUGAAGGGGCCAUCUUCUAAAAAAAGUGAGCUUGAGGCAAGGUUGCAUGCAUCAGAAAAUCGUGUUAGUGCACUAGAAGAUGAGCUCCAAAAAAUUAAAGAGAUGCUACAAUGCCAAGGAAACAAAGAGUAAACUAAGGAGCUUGAAAUGAAGUUUGCUGUUGCAUAACCCUGCAUUUUCAAACUUUACAUUUUUGUAUUAGUAUUUAGAGAUACCAUUUGUAGCUUAGAUAAUUCAUAUGAUGAAUAUCAAAUUGAUGGCUAGCUACUUAAUUUUGAAUUGUACUAGAGAUUGAAUUGGUUAUAUUUGAAAUUAUUUGGACCAUUCUAUUAAUCGUUUCGGUCAUCGAUUUGCAAUACAUUACAUAUCUAGUAUAUAUAU